CUAUUCACAAUUUUAUUUUUCUUAUUUUAGUUACCCUCAGAUUUCUCACUUUGUCGCCGUUCCUUCCAGUUUCUCCGGCCGUCUCUCUCCGCUACACCUCUGCCCCUUCUCUUCUCAUCUCAUCUCAUCUCAUCUCUCUGUUCGAAAUUUCAAGCAAAAAGGUUGCUGAGCCCUCGACGGAACGGAACCACUAAUCUCUCUCUCUUCUUUCAUCACUCUCACCAAUGUUUGCCUUCAAAGACAAAGUUACCGACAGCCUUUCCCGUCUUUUCGCCGAUUUCCCAGAUUCCGCUUCUCAUUCCUUAACUCCACUUCACGGCGACCCUUCUCCGGGCAGCAGGUCAUUCUCUAAAGGAGGAAAGGCUUUGUCUUCCUACUUUUCCUAUAUAAUCCCAUUCUCGGCCUUUGAAGGACCCAAAUCAGGCCAACCCCAGAACAAUUACAAGCUACAUCAGCCUCGCCCUUUGCCAUAUGAUACUGUCAGUUUUGAUUCUCUUGAACCAUUGGACUGCAGUUUAGUAUGUGAGAACAAAGACAUCCGAGACAAUGAGGAAGAUUUUGAUGACUGUGUCUCUGGAAGGAGUACUGGUAGUUCUGAAGUAUUUGAAGAAACAACUUGCCAACGUAGUCCAGAAAAGAUUGUGACAAACCUCACGGUUGAUUCCGUUCUGAUUUCCACUGACACCUAUGAAUUCCUGCAACAACGUCUUCCUAAUAUCGUGAAAGGGCAACAAUGGAUCUUGUUAUAUAGUACAUUGAGACAUGGCAUAUCUCUUCGAACGCUCAUUCGUAAAAGUUGUGAACUUUCUGGUCCUUGUUUGCUGGUUGUUGGCGAUCAGCAAGGUGCCGUGUUUGGUGGUCUUCUAGAAUGCCCAUUGAAGCCUACUGCAAAGAGAAAAUAUCAAGGAACAAAUCAAACUUUUGUCUUUACCACCAUGUAUGGUGAACCCCAGCUCUUCAGACCAACUGGAGUAAACCGCUAUUUCUACAUGUGUAUGGAUGAUUUACUAGCACUUGGUGGUGGCAGUAACUUCGCAUUACGUCUCGAAGAAGAUCUGUUGAAUGGAACCAGUGGACCAUGUGAGACAUUUGGUAACUCAUGCUUAGCACACGCCCAGGAGUUUGAGUUGAAGAAUGUUGAGCUCUGGGGUUUUGCUCAUGCUUCACAAUAUCAUUCACGAUGACGAUGGGACAGAAUGUUUAGCAGUUUGUGUUACGUUAAGUUAUUGGCUAAAAACAUUUACUUUCUCCAAUAUUCUUUUCUUUCUCCACUUUCAACUUGAGCUUCUCAGAUUCAAAUGUCUUUAGUAUUCUACACCUUGUGAGAAGAUAUUGGUUCUGUAAAAUUAAUGUCUUACACAGGCAGUUCUACAUGAACCAGAGAAUUUCAUUCUUUUGUAAUUCUUCAAUUUUUCAA